AUGAGCAAGCCGCCGCCGUGCGGAUAUUGGUGUGGUGCGUACGGGUACUACAACGGCGCCAUAAAGACUCGGAAGACGGUGCAGCCGGUGGAAGUGACGGCGGAGGAAGCUUCUCUGAACGGAGCCAGCAGCUCAAGGAGCUGUACGAGGUCGUUACUUUCGACGGGGGAGCAGGCAGCGGCGAAAGGCCAUGCGCGGCGUGUCCCCUGA